AUGACUGAUUACAAGAAAAUCAUAUAAGAUCUCGACAAAACAAAAAAGUUUGACAUGGGUCCCAGAUGGAAACCUGAAGAGCUAGACAUAUUUUUGAAAUAUUACAGGGAAUCUGAGUUUGACAAACUCGAUGAAAUGCAGCAAGUCCUUUCAUAAAAUGGAUACGAGCGCUCUAAAAUAAAUCUAAUCAGCGUUUAUCUCAAGAAUAAGAAUUUCUUGAACUUUAACAAAUAAGUUACAGGGGAUAUGCUUGCUAUGAUUAUGGCUGACCAUUAUGAUAACUUAGAAAUAUAAUAAUAGCAGUUAAUCAAUUAGAAAGAAGAAGCCAAAAAAAGAUAGAAGUAGCAAUUAUUGCAAUAGCAGUAGCAAAAUGUAGUACCAUCUCUAUCUAGUUAGAUUGAGGCAUUAAACAAUUAGCAAAAGUCUCUCAACUAGGCUAAUUUGCCUUCAAGCAAUGAAGAUAUCAAUAGCAAAAAGGCAGCUUCUACUGCUAUCAAUCCACCUUAAAGCAACAGAAAAAAGUAAAAAAUUUAAAAAGGAUUGAAUGAAUAAAGUGAAAACAUGAAUAAUGGAUCCAUGCUAUAAAUGAUGCAGCUUUUAAACCAAGGAAAUAAUUCUCAAUUUAACUCUUAAGCGUAGUAAGUGUUAGGUCUAAAUAAUGGAAACAACGUUUCAAAUAGUAACAUCACAACAUUUUAGCAUGUUAAUAAAAGAAAGUCAAAAAUGCCAAAAGGAAGAUUUCUUUUUGAUUUGCCAAAUGAUUUUGAAAAAAGAAUAGCAUACAUUGAAGAAAUAUCAAAGAAUUGCAAUGGAAAAAACCCUAAAAAGCAAACAAAGAAAUUGUCUUCUUAAGAGUAAAUAAACGAAAGAAGUUUACAAUGGAUAGAACAUGAAUUCUUUUACAGCACAAUAGAUAAACCUUUCUUCUAGUUCAAUGAGUUCAAAGAGAUGCUAGCUAAGGUUGGACUUGAAAACAUUGGUAAAUUAACCAGAGCAGAGUGGAAUAUAAUCAGAAAAGCUAUGGGAAAGCCAAGAAGAUUUUCUAAUGAAUUCGUUAGAGGAGAAUUAAAAAAGCUGGAAAUUUACAGAAAAAUUGUUCGUGAAUACCUCUAAACUUAAUAAGCACAUGUCCUCAGAAGCAAAAUCAGGGAAAGCCUAUCAGAAGAAAUUAUGAGAAUUUAACCGUUUAAGGUAGGUUAAAUUGUCAUGGGUAUCCAUCCAAAUUGCAAGCAUUUUCAUCCUGGUUCUGUUCUUACUACAAAUGGAGACAUGGUGAUCUUAAAAUUCCUGACUAAUGAUUUAGGAGUAUUGAAAAUACCAGACACUAAAUUAUCGAUAGAUUACACUGCUAAUAUUUAAGGCAACUCAGAUGAAUUUGCUAGUUAAAAAGGAAGAGUUAUCUUAGACGGAUAAGUUGAUGAAGGAAAUUACAAUAAAGCAUUCUCUAAUAAUGCCUCUUACUAAAAUCAAAAUGAAUAAAAGCACAGUUCUUAAUAAACUAUUUUGCAAGAUUUAGAUUAUUUUUCGAUGGCCUUCUUAAUUAAAUUGCUUGAUAGAAAGACUCUUUUAAUUAAUGAGCUGAAGGAAUUUAACGAAUUUGCAAUUAGAAAAAAAAAUGAACCUCUUGAUGAAACUUUUUACUAAAAAUACGGCUGGACUGGUAUUCAAAUAAACUUGAUAGACAACGCCUUAAAACAUGUGAUUGCAAAAUUUAGAUUAAGAGGACUCAACCAUUACAGUUAAUAACAAAUAGCUGAAAACUUAAAUAAAAUAUUAUAAGUACCAUUAAGUUAUAUUGAAAGAGAGCUUGAAGAAAACCCUGUUGAUCAAGGAAUACUAAACGAAAUCAGAAAUAUUUCUAACAAAAAUGCAGAUGAGAAAAUUCAACAGAGUGUAAACUCGAUGAUAACUAAAGGAGAGUAAAAGCUUAUGAAAGAGAGAGGAGAAGUAUAUAGAAAGUAGCUAGAAGAAAAUUACUAUUCAAACGGUUAUGGAAACCUCUUAAACAUUGUUUAUAAUUGUUUGGGAAUACUCCAGACAUUAAAGUGCACUGGAGAUAUUAACAUAAACCAAAACUAGUUUUUAAAUAGUCUCGCUUAGAGUAUAUAUACCGAAAACUCUGAGCAAUUCCUUGAGAUAAAUGAUGUUAUUUAAGACAUCCUCUAAAAAUAUAAAGACUCUAAACGAGAAAACCAUUCUUUGCUGAGCAAUAGCAAUAAUAAUUAAGAACAUAUUAUUUCUUCUUCUUAAAAGUAGUCGCUGAGCAAAGCCAAUAAUAAUAAUAAUUCUAAUAAUAACAAUAAUAAUGUAAAUAAUCACCAAGAAUUUAAUUCUAAUUUAAGCAGCAAUCCUCCUUUAUGA